GAAGGGUGGUGCGAAGAGGACAUGGUCUCCUACGGAGAUCGUAUAAAUAGGAUGAGAUGAUCGAUCUUCGUUCAAUAAUUCGAUUAUUAGAAGAAUCUUUAUCAAGACGACAUGGGAACAUUUACGAAUGAAGAAUAUUACGAUAUGCUGAUGGCACUGGUGAGUGCCAUGGGCAAUAUCACGUUGCUGCAAGACGAUACGCCGAAUUGUACCCAAACUCAGCAAGACAUCCAUCGACUCCUGUUAUACUUCGAGUUGCUCAAAGGCUAUACGAAACUGGCAGUGUUCUCCCAAACAAACACUGGGAGAGAUCGCGAGGUUGUACGGAACUUCAUGAAACUAACAAUGAGAAUCACAAUUUACAAGGGAAAUACACUUUCGAUGCAGGAAAAUAAGAAGAAACUAAGUCACAAAAGAAAACUGGCGAGUCAGAAAUGAAGAAAGAAGAUUUAAUAAUAGAUAACCUAUUGUCAAUAGAAGAAAAAAGAACCUGUAAUCAAGGAAGAAUGCAUUUUUAACAAUAACACUAAUGCGUUAUUUAUUGUACGU